UGGUAUAACAAACGUUAUGUGUCUAGCUCUUUGGUAAAAUCAAAAAUUCGUUGAUUAUACUAUUUCAAAAUCAAACAAAAGUUGGUUUUUGACUUUUUAAAUGUUAAAAUUAACUUUGAUUUUAAGCCGUCGCUAAAAUUUUAGUAUUAGCUGCCUUCUUUAAUGUUUAUCGGCGCAGGACAUUGUAGUUUAAAAACCAAACAGCUGUUUUUUGUUUAUGCGUGAAAAAUGCAGCAAAUAUAACAAACGCAAAAAACAUAAAAAAUUAGCACAAACUAAACUAUAAACUUCAAGAAUUGCUAAACAAUUAUGUGCAUUAAUACACAACAAGUACAACAACAUGUAACACCCUCCAGGAAACUAUGUAAAGAGGGAAGAUUAAGUUUGAUGUGCUACCUGGGAACAAUUGCAUUGGUAUUAACGCCUUCAGUGCCGCAAAUCUAUUAUGGAAUUGUACCAAAAGUAUGGGGAGCACAAUUAUGGGGACCAGUAUUAUAUUUUGCUUUAAUUAGUAUGAUCAUACGUUUCGUCUUAAGGAAUACAGAAUAUCAAAUUGCUAUACGAGCUUCAUUCUUGGGUUUUGUAGAAGCUAUUUGCAUACUGUUGAUAUGUUUUGCCCCUAUGGUAUGGAAACAAUUUGGUGUUUAUGGCUUCUUCAUGGCGUUUUUUCAUUAUUCUGAAUUUCUGGCCAUAGCCUGGUGUAAUCCUAAAAGUUUAACUGUGGAUUCAUUCAUUUUGAAUCAUUCUUGGGCAUAUGGCUUGGCGGCGGCAGCUAGUUGGUUAGAAUUUGUUUUGGAGGUCUAUUUUCUACCCAAUUUUAAGGAUUUUUUCUACUUGUGGCUGGUGGGCGUUGUCCUGUGUAUAUUUGGUGAAGUUGUGCGCAAGACUGCUAUGAUCACCGCCAGUAAUAGUUUUACUCAUUUGGUGCAAUAUGAAAAAGCUGAUGAUCACAAACUGAUAACCCAUGGCAUUUAUGGUUAUUCUCGUCAUCCUUCCUAUGUUGGUUGGUUUUGGUGGUCUAUUGGUACUCAAUUUAUACUGAUGAAUCCAUUUUGUAUACUCGCUUACACCGCGGCCAGUUGGAAAUUCUUUCACGAUCGUAUUUAUUGUGAAGAAUUUACGCUUUUGAAUUUCUUUCGUAAUGACUAUAAAGUUUAUCAACAAAAUGUACCCACUGGGUUACCGUUUAUUAAAGGUUUUAUAUUAGAUUAAAACAAUUUAAAACGUAACUAUUAUAAUUUUACCACUAAACCUCGUUAAGAAAAACAAAUUAAGCCUGUAGUUAAAACCAACUACAAGUACAAUUUAUUUAUUAUUCUUAAUUACAAAAAAAAAAAAAAAAAAACAAUAGUUCGCUCAG